CGAGAGUAGAACGUUUUCAGUGGGGAAUCACUUGUGUGGUUGGCAUAUCCAAACCUGUGCACAAGUGUCCACAAUCUUUGGUUUUCAAACACACAACAAUGAACACAAGCUCAGAAAGCCUGACAUCAUUCAGACCUAGCAAGCUAACUAGCUAUUAGCCAACUCUUUCCUAGUUUGUCAGCUUUAAGUAGAGAGCUUAAGUCCCUGUAUGAAAAAUGUAUAUGUUCACUAACUGUAAGUCGCUCUGGAUAAGAGCGUCUGCUAAAUGACUAAAAUGUAAGAUUGAGAUUAACUAACUACCUUAUCUGAUCCUGUGAGAAAGCUUGCUAGUAAACAGCAAGAAGGUGACAACAGAAAAAUAAUUUCCUCCUCCACUCUGCCUGUCUAUUCGAGUUGUUGUCGUCUCUAAAAUUAAUAAGUGGCAAUGGCUGUUAUUCUUGACAGUGAGAUUUUCCAAAGAUUUUAAAGGGAGUUCGUAGUAGUGGUUUUUGUAACAUUUCUGUUAGGUUUUGUCCAGAGAAUAAACGGUUAAAGCCUUUCAUUUGGCGUGGUCUUUACUAGGCCAUUGGGAUAAACCAUUUGAAAAAAGUGGAAGUCCAUGUUGGAUAUCAGCUGUUUGUUUAUUUAAUUCAAUAAUCGAUUUUUGUUUGUAAUAAUUCACCCAUAUGUGAAUUUAAACAAGUACAUCAAUUGCUACAUGAUGACAAAACGCUUUGAACUAAAUAAACUGCUGUGAAAGCAAAAUUCCGAUAUCCCAGACACCCCCAAUUCUCACACUGGAACCCGCCCUCAAGAUAUGGCGAUUCAAUUCCAAAUCCACAGUUCUGGUUCCAUUGAGCAGCCUUGCUCGAGCGCAGAGCAGCCGUCGUGAGAAAGAACCGGACGAGCUGAAUUCUGAAAUGCAUCAAGACAUGUCAAAAUACUGUCAUUUGCGGGACUCCAUAUAGCUUAUAUUAUUAGCCUUCUGUUAACUUGUGUUUGUGAGGUUAAGAUAGCGCGAGUUUGUUUGGGUGUAGAAGGUGUAUAAAUCCAGCGAGCACAGGAUUCGGUACCACCGCCUUGCGUCAGCAUAGUAGGACAGCCACGCUAGUUAGUAACGAGACGGGUUAUUUUUGGUAUGAGUGAUCGAGCGCUGGCGUGCACUGCGAUAAUUAUUUCGCCAUAUGCGUAGCAAACGUCCGCUUCGUUUUAUACCAUCAAAUCGCUAUAAAUCCUGCAUAUUUCAUGACAGAAAUCUGAAGUCUGGGCUGUAGCCAUUUUUGAUUUAUUCUUCAUUGGUUGUACAUUUCGUGAUACUUAAACAAAGUCAGUGAGUGGUACAGUAGUUUUCGUUCAUAGAUUUUUUUUCCCGCACUUCAUCCAAUUGCAUUGAUUGAAUGUCAUACGAGGCGCCCUUAGAAAAUGGACCUGAAUUUUUACUCUGAUCUAAUGGAUGGGACUGGGCAACACGGAGAUCCAGAAUUCCUGGACCCUGGGUCUUUCAAUGGAUUUGACAAUAAGUUCCCUGGAGGCAGUGACAACUACCUGACCAUCAGCGGGGCAAGCCAUCCGUUCCUCUCCUCCUCUGAGACAUUCCACACCCCCAGCCUGGGCGAUGAGGAGUUUGAGAUCCCCCCCAUCUCCCUGGAUCCGGACCAGGCCCUCACUGUGUCUGAUGAAGUGGCCCACUUUGGAGAGCUCUCGGACGGGGAGCGCGGUGGAUUGUCCACCCCCGGGAACGCGGUGGUGGGGGGAGAUGACCCGUCCUUCGCCUUGACCUUCGUCAACCCCCAUUCGGGGUCACAGGGGCUGGAGCACCAUCUUAGUCUGGGGGUCAUCAGUCAGCCUGGUGGAGGAGGGGCCAUGCUGGGGUCUGCUCUGGGCAUGGAUCUGGGACACCCCAUUGGCUCCCAGUUCAGCAGCUCCUCCCCCAUGACCAUAGACGUCCCGCUGAGUGACAUGGGCCACGGCCUCUUGGGCCACAAUCAGCUGACUACCAUGGACCAAUCAGAGUUCAGUGCCCAGCUGGGGCUCAGCCUGGGGGGCGGGGCCAUCCUGGCAUGCUCGCAAUCGCCUGACCAACCACUGUCGGCCGCUGCUUCGCCCGUCGGUUCGCUACAGGAUGACGACAUGGACGACUUCAGACGGCAGAGCGUGUUGGUGGAGUCCCCUGUCUCUCUCGGCGUCAUCUCCCUCGAUCCCUCUCUCUCCGAUUCCCACAUACCUUCCUCUGCUCCGUCCUCCAGCUCCCCUCCUACCCUCGUCCGGAGAGGGGGAGCGGCCGGAGGAGGGAAGAAAGGGAAGAAGAAAAACAAAGACCCUAAGGAGCCUCAGAAGCCGGUGUCGGCCUACGCUCUGUUCUUCAGGGACACACAGGCAGCCAUUAAGGGACAGAACCCCAACGCCACCUUCGGAGAGGUGUCCAAGAUAGUUGCCUCCAUGUGGGAAAGUCUGGCGGAGGAACAGAAACAGGUGUACAAGAGGAAGACUGAGGCAGCUAAGACGGAGUAUCUCAAGGCUCUGGCAGCCUACAGAGAUAAUCAACUUCCUGAGCCAACCAUCGAGCUUCUGGACACUGCUCCGUCGCCUCCCUCUCCUCCCUCUCCUCCUUCCCCUGCCCCCGUCGCCCCCCAUCCCCGCUCCACUCGUUCCUGUGCCCCCCACCUGGCCCCCGAGGAGAACACCAUCACCAACAUCUGCACCUCCAACAUCAUCCUAACAGGUGGCGACCUCCCUCAGGUCACCACCCGCUCCCGUACAGGGGCGCACAAACCGCCCGCCCCAUCACCAAGCCCCCCCACCAUCACCAAAAUCAUCAUCAAGCAACAGAAGUCCCCCUCAGGGGUGACGGUGGUGUCCAGUAGUACGGUAUCGUCGGCCCGUCAGCCACCGCCACUCCAACAGAUGCUGAACACCCCUCCUCCCCCCCGUCUCCAGCAGAUGGUACAUGCCCAGGCCCCUCCGCCACUGCAGGCCAAACCAAGAGCCGGGGGUGCCACAGCACCACCCCCUCUGCAGAUCAAGAUGGUCCAUCCCUCAGAUUUGGACUCUCCAAUUAUUGUGACGGCUGCGGGGGGGUUAGCCGCGUCGGGUGGGACCACUCCGACCUCGGGGGAGGUGGUACAGUCCUCUGCCAUAGUAAUGGCCUGUUCAACGGAGGCCGAGGACGGGGCUGAAGGAGAGGAAGGGAUGCAGGUAGAGUUGAAUGUGUCUUCAGGGCCAGUUGUGACCCAGACCUCCAGCCCUAGCCUGUGUGUCCGAGCCGGAUGCACCAACCCAGCUGUAGAGAACAAGGACUGGGACAGGGAGUACUGCAGCAACGAGUGUGUGGCCAUACACUGCAGGGAUGUAUUCAUGGCCUGGUGUGCGAUCCGAGGGCAGAACUCCACUUCCGUCACGUAAGGAAUGGACAGAAGGGAGGAGGAGUGAGAGAAGAUUAUCAUGAUAGAGGGAGGACUAGGAAGGAGAGAAGAAACUGGACAUGAUGGAGGGAGGAGAUGGAAGGAGAGGAGAGAGGGACUUGGCUUUUAUUCACAGCAGACUUUGUCCUCUAAGAAGAAUCAAGUGGAAGACCAAAACUCCUGUGAUGUUAAAUUAUGAAGUUUAAAUAAUGAGAGUAUUUUAUAUGAAAUGUUUUUAAUCAUUUUAAAAUGUUGGUGAAAUGUAAUAUAACGCUGCAGUUACUAUUGGUAUGUCUCUUGCAUUUCAUAGCUUGGGCCUUAGAGUUGGAUAAAGGGCACGUCUUUGCAUAUUUGAGAAUGGCGCCACCCAUGCUAAAAUUGGCUUUGUGUCAAAUGCUCCAAUUCUGUGGCUAAGAUCAGGAGUUUUUCUCCUGAUCAUGUGACCCAACAAGGAAACACUCUGGGCCCUGUUACCAUAUUCUUCCUGGCUAGGUCACGUGAUCAGGAGAAACAACUGUCCCUAUCCAUCAGCCAAUGAGAAGAAGGCAUGUUUAUUUCACAUGUGCAUCCUCUCGUCUGACUGUUGCAUUGAAACAGAGAUCACGGUAUCAAUGUUUUCCAUGUUAUCAAUGUUGCCUGCGACUUAAAAAUCAGUGUCACCUCGGUCUAAUGGUGCAGACCGGGUUUCAGAUCCCACCGUAACAUAAGCUAAACCCCUGGGCUGCGUUCAGGAGUGUGAAAAAUUCUGAAAGUUGCUGAUAGAAAUGCCAUUUAUAGAACUGACAUGAUUCCUUUCUCGAGUACAUGACAGACAAGCAUGUCUGUUUACAUAAUAUAUUUAUAUCUGAACAGUUGUUCCAUACUGAACAUGAUUGCCAUUGGGAAGGCUUCUUGUAUACAUAUUACGAACAUUCAGGAUUCCAGUUUGUUUUUGAAAAACCAUCAUGUUGGUGAAAAUAAAACUGUAGGAAACAUAUA